UGUCGAAUAAAGGAAAUGGGUUUAGGGGAGCAGCUUGGGUGCAAAGGCCCUGAGCAGGAGCAGGGUCUGACAUGGGGCCACCGCAGCAGCUGCCGCCUAGGGGUCCAGCUGGGGAGCCCCCCUGCUCCCACCUGCUGCUCCCUGCCUGGGCCUCAGUUGAUGAGUAUCAGAGCCCUUGUGUGCCCAGGGGCAGCAAGUCUGGGGGCCUCUGGGGAGCAGGCCUGGUACAGCCUCUACUUGACCAGACCAGCCGGCAGGCAGCCACGCCCUCCUUCUGGAGAGGUCCCUGCAGGGCGGGGGCCAGUACUCUGCCGGGAGCCGCGUCCUCCAGGCAGGACAGGCCCUCGGCAGGCGGCUGUCACCAGCUGCCAGGCGCCGAGUGUGAGCCGCAUGAUCCCGGGCAGGUGGCAGCAUUACCCCCACUCUGCGGACAGGGACACUGAGGGCCAGUACUGCGACAUCUGCACAGCCGCCAGCAGCAACAAGGCACACCCUGCGAGCAACGCCAUCGACGGCACCGAGCGCUGGUGGCAGAGCCCACCCCUGUCCCGCGGCCUGGAGUACAACGAGGUCAACGUCACCCUGGACCUCGGCCAGGUCUUCCACGUGGCCUACGUGCUCGUCAAGUUCGCCAACUCCCCGCGGCCGGACCUCUGGGUGCUGGAGCGCUCCACGGACUUCGGCCGCACCUACCAGCCCUGGCAGUACUUCGCCUCCUCCAAGAGGGACUGCCUGGAGCGCUUCGGGCCGCGGACGCUGGAGCGCAUCGUGCGGGACGACGAUGUCAUCUGCGCCACCGACUACUCGCGCAUCGUGCCGCUGGAGAACGGCGAGAUCGUGGUGUCGCUGGUGAACGGGCGUCCGGGGGCCAGGAACUUCUCCUACUCGCCGCUGCUGCGCGACUUCACCAAGGCCACCAACAUCCGCCUGCGCUUCCUGCGCACCAACACCCUGCUGGGCCACCUCAUGGGCAAGGCGCUGCGGGACCCCACGGUCACGCGCAGGUAUUAUUACAGCAUCAAGGACAUCAGCAUCGGGGGCCGCUGCGUCUGCCACGGCCACGCCGACGUCUGUGACGCCAAAGACCCCACGGACCCCUACAGGCUGCUGUGUGCCUGCCAGCACAACACGUGCGGCGGCUCCUGCGACCGCUGCUGCCCGGGCUUCAGCCAGCAGCCGUGGAGGCCGGCCACCCCGGACAGCGCCCACGAGUGCCAGCCCUGUAACUGCCACGGCCAUGCCCACGACUGCUACUACGACGCCGAGGUGGACCGGCGGAACGCCAGCCAGAACCAGGACCUCGUCUACCAGGGCGGGGGCGUGUGCAUUGAGUGCCAGCACCACACCACCGGCGUCAACUGUGAGCGCUGCCUGCCUGGCUUCUACCGCGCCCCGGAUCACGCCCUCGAUUCCCCCCAUGUCUGCCGCCGCUGCGACUGCGACUCGGACUUCACGGACGGGACGUGCGAGGAUCUCACCGGCCGCUGCUACUGCCGCCCCGGCUUCACCGGGGAGCGCUGCACGGCCUGCGCCGAGGGCUUCGCCGGCUUCCCGCGCUGCCUCCCCGUGUCCUUGAUCGCCAACGACACUGGGGAGCAGGUGCUGCCGGCUGGACAGAUCGUUAACUGUGACUGCAACGCCGCUGGGACCCAGGGCAACGCCUGCAGGAAGGAUGUGCGGCUGGGACGCUGCGUGUGCAAACCCAACUUCCAGGGCGCCCACUGUGAGCUCUGCACCCCCGGGUUCUUUGGCCCAGGCUGCCAGCCGUGCCAGUGCUCCAGCCCUGGAGUGGCGAGUGGCGAGUGCGACCGCGACUCAGGCCAGUGCACGUGCCGGACGGGCUUCACGGGGGCCGCAUGUGAGCGCUGUGCCCCCGACUACUUCAACUUCCCUCUCUGCCAUUUGUGUGGCUGCAGCCCUGCAGGGACCCUGCCCGAAGGCUGCGACGAGGCCGGCCGCUGCCCGUGCCGGCCUGGGUUCGACGGGCCGCACUGCGACCGCUGCCGCCCUGGCUACCACGGCUACCCCGACUGCCAUGCCUGCACCUGCGACCCCAGUGGAGCCCUGGACCAGGUCUGCGGGGCGGGCGGGCUGUGCCACUGCCGCCCCAGCUACGCGGGCCCCACCUGCCAGGAGUGUGCCCCCGGCUUCCACGGCUUCCCCGACUGCGUCUCCUGCCACUGCUCUGCUGACGGCUCCCUCCACGCGGCCUGUGACCCUCAAAGCGGACAGUGCAGCUGCCGGCCCCACGUGACGGGCCUGCGGUGUGACGCGUGUGUGCCUGGAGCCUACAACUUCCCCAGCUGUGAGGCUGGCUCCUGCCACCCCGCGGGCCUGGCCCUGGCUGACCCUGCCCCCCCUGAGGCAAAUGCUCCCUGUACGUGCCGGGCUCAUGUGGAGGGGCUGAGCUGUGAUCGCUGCAAACCCGGGUUCUGGGGACUGAACCCAAGCAACCCUGAGGGCUGUACCCGCUGCAGCUGCGACCCCCGGGGCACACUGGGUGGUAUGAGUGAGUGCCAGCAGGGCUCUGGCCAGUGCUUCUGCAAACCCCACGUGUGCGGCCGGGCCUGUGCGGCCUGCAGGGACGGCUUCUUCGGGCUGGACCAGGCCGACUACUUCGGCUGCCACAGCUGUCGCUGCGACGUCGGGGGCGCCCUGGGCCAGGGCUGCGAGCCGAGGACGGGCACCUGCCGCUGCCGCCCCCACACCCGCGGCCCCACCUGCCAGGAGCCGGCGCAGGACCACUUCCUCCCGGACAUGCACCACCUGCGCCUGGAGCUGGAGGAGGCGGCCACGCCCGAGGGCCGCGCCGUGCGCUUCGGCUUCAACCCCCUGGAGUUCGAGAGCUUCAGCUGGAGGGGCUACGCGCAGAUGAGCGCCGUCCAGCCCAGGGUCUCGGCGCAGCUGAACGUCACCUCCCCCGACCUCUUCCGGCUCGUCCUCCGGUACGUCAACCGCAGCCCCUCGCGCGUGAGCGGGCGCGUGUCCGUGCGGGAGGACGGCAGGUUUGCCACCUGCGCCAACUGUGAGUGCCCCGGCCAGUGCCCCGGCCCGCCCCCGCUGCCCCCCGGUGCCCCCCACAGCCCCCCAGCCUGUCCCCGCUGCCCCCCACAGCCCCCCAGCCCCCCAGCCUGUCCCCGCUGCCCCCCGCUGCCCCCCACAGCCCCCAGCCUGUCCCCGCUGCCCCCCACGGCCCCCCAAAGCCCCCAGCCUGUCCCCGCUGCCCCCCACAGCCCCCCAGCCUGUCCCCGCUGUCCCCUGCUGCCCCCCACAGCCCCCAGCCUGUCCCCGCUGCCCUCCACAGCCCCCCAGCCUGUCCCCGCUGUCCCCUGCUGCCCCCCCCAGCCCCCAGCCUGUCCCCGCUGCCCCCCACGGCCCCCCACAGCCCCCAGCCUGUCCCCACUGCCCCCCACAGCCCCGCACUCCCACCCUCUGCCCACCCGCCUUCCCUGGCCCCUCAGCGCCCCGUCCCCCGCAGGCACGGAGCAGAGCCAGCCGGUGGUCCUCCCCCCCAGCGCGGAGCCCGCCUUCGUCACGGUGCCACAGAGGGGCUUCGGCGAGCCCUUCGUGCUGAACCCCGGCUCCUGGGCCCUGCUCGCAGCCUUCCUGUACCCCCUUUUCCUCCCAGCCACUUUGGGGAGCCCAUGGCGCCAGGCCCAGGGCCCGCAGGGCUGCUGGCCAGCGUUGGAGCCCGGGGAGCACCGGCUGUCCCUCUGCCCAGAGCGUGAGCACGCAGCUGCUGGGAGCACGGAGGCAGGAGCGGGCAUUGAAUCCGCGAGUCGGGCCAACGCAUGCCCUGGGCAUCCUGCUGCCUCGGGCACAGGCUUCGAUCCCUGGGAGCGGGAUGGUCGAGAGAGAGCCCGGGACCCCCGUCCCUCAAGCGUGCCCACCUACCUGGUGUUCCGAGGGAAACUGAAUCCCCCUCUGUGCCCAGCACUUUCCAGAAACCACCCAUUUGCUGGGCUGAUCCUAAAGAACAGAGAGUUCAAGAACCUGACGUCCAGGAGCAAGAACUUGUCUGCAGCAGACGUGCAACCCUUUCGCAAAAGGCAGGAGCAGCCGAGACACUGA